CCUUGCCCGCUCGCUCCCCCCAUGCGCACGCACACGGCCGCGGCGGGCCCCUCCGUGCCCGCUGGGGGCAGAAGGGGUCGUCCCAAAUUCCUGCGGGGCCACUGCACCGCCUGGGGCUCUCCCCCGCUCUCUCUCCCUCCACGCCGCUUUUGGGGAGCAAGGCGGCUGGGAGAGACGCCGGCCCGGCAGGGACGGGACUACUUUCGGGCACGGAGCGGCGGCACAAAGACGGCAGCUCCUGCUCCUCCUUCUCCUCUUCCUCCUCCUCCUCCUCCUCCAGAAGAUGUUGCCUGGUGCCCUGGAUGAGAACUGCAUUUCUUUGUGGCUGAAAACAGCCUUACAACAAAACUUCACAGAGGAGAAGGUGCUUGACUUCAGCUGAGCAUACAGCAUCUCCAUCCCCAGCCAAGCAACGAGCAAAAAUGGAUGACAUUGUGGUGGUGGCCCCAGGAACACAAUCCUCCCGGAACGUGAGCAACGAUCCAGAUGUCAUAAAACUGCAGGAAAUUCCAACUUUCCAGCCCCUUUUAAAAGGACUCCUCAGUGGGCAGACCUCUCCAACCAACACCAAACUGGAAAAGCUGGACCCCCACCAAGUGCUACAGCUGUGUCUCCGGUACCAAGACCACCUUCACCAAUGUGCAGAAGCGGUUGCUUUUGAUCAGAAUGCGCUUGUGAAGCGGAUCAAGGAGAUGGACCUCUCUGUGGAAACUCUUUAUAGCUUCAUGCAGGAGCGCCAGAAGAAGUAUGCCAAAUAUGCAGAGCAGAUCCAGAAGGUCAACGAGAUGUCUGCCAUCCUCCGCCGUAUACAGAUGGGCAUCGACCAGACAAUCCCGUUGAUGGAGAGGCUGAACAGCAUGCUGCCGGAGAGCGAGAGGCUGGAGCCCUUCAGCAUGAAACCUGACCGGGAGCUGAAGUCGUAGCUGAUGCUGCAGGCUUCCCCUCCUCACCUUCCACACUCGAGCGAUCAGCGCAGACAUGUUUCCAACACACCAGCCUGGCAGGUGUUUGAAGCAGACGGCCGUGCUGCCUGACUUUCUGCCAGGGCAUUGGAGGAAGAGCAGCGUCAGCUGCUGGAACUGUGCAGCCAGGAAUCCAGGAGCUCCCUGGUCUCGUUGUUUGGAGAAGAAAAAUAACCGUUCUUUCAUCUCCCUCCUCUUGCCCUGCUCUCUCCUGCACCCCUACUACCACCCAUGCUGAGACAUUUGUUUCGUUGCUGUAACUAGAUUUGGGUUUACAGAGGAGGAGUUCUUUCAUCUGUUCUUUUUACUUCCAAAAUUCAAAGGGAUAUGGGGUGUGACAAACCCUCUAACACGCUUUCUGUGCCACUGGGGUUUAGACAAUUAGAUGGCUGGCAGGUAUUUCUGAGAUCCCCUGGCCUUGGAAAUAUAUAUGUUUUAUAGAUGAAAGUGUGGGAGCCAGGAACUGGUUUAUUAAAAUCUGCCUAUUAUCAUAAUUAACAUGGUUUGCAUGGCAGGGUUUUGGCAUGUCCUUCCUUGAGGCUCCUGUUUUUAUGGGCUCGCUAAUUUAUGAGGCUGUAAAGGAAUAACUGUUCCAGAUAUGUAUGUCUGUUAUUCUUAAACAAGCCUUAAUGUUCCUCUCUCCUUGCCCUGGCAAACCCCCAUGCCCUAGCUGGUGGCAGUUCAUGUCCCUGACUUCACAUGGUGAUUCUGAUGGAUGCCGGCACCUACCUGUUCACUUUGCAUCCCAAAGGUGGGCAUGAGGGAUCUUUUUUUUUUUUUUUUUUUUUUUAAUUGCAGAUAUCUUGGUGCUCUUUAUAUCAAAGGGAUGCAGUUGUUUCUUUAUCUUCAAGUGUAUGGAAGACUUGAAAAGUCCUUUGGGCUCUCUGCGUUGGCUUAGCUGCCGUCAUGCUGAGAGCUCGCAUGAGCACGGUGUUUUAUGACUGAAACCACACAGCCCUUUGGGAUUGUGCUCCGCAAACUGCUCCAAAGGCAACAGGAUGUUCUUGUGUUAUUGCAAGCCGAGAGCCCGGCUGGACGGCAGGCUGUGUGUUCACGUGGCCCGGGCGCUGGGCUGGGGCUUAGGAGUCUGCUUGGUUGCCAGGUCUGCCACCGGACUGCUGGCUGGCUGCAGGUACCACUCUGAGCUUCGGUUUCUCUCUGUAUAAAAGGGAGAUGUUUUACACACUGCCAUGAAAUACUUACAGAUCUAGACAUGGUGUUUGAACAGCCCGUGUUGCUGUUGCGUGGCAGCUCUCGUCCCAGCAGAAAGAGCAUGAAACCAAAAGCGAUGAUCCCUGGGCUUGCUGGGUCAGGGGUAGGUUCGUGUUUGUUAUGUACAUCCCAGAACGCUGAUGCUGGCGAGGAGGCUGGAGCAUACCUGUGAACCCGAGCGGUUGUUGUACUUCAGGAGCACACUCCCUGUGGUGAGGACAGCUGUCUGACAACCCACCUGCCAGGUCAGCAGCAGGAGGCUGGGUGACUUGCCAAAGCCAGCUUGCUAGAAUACCUCUUAGUACUUGAGAGUACUUAAUUAGCAAGAGAUUGUCUCUAAGCAUUUGGGAAUAAGAGCAUCAUAAGAGCAUCUUUUCUUUCUUUUUUUUUUUUUUUUUUAAUACAGUAUUAAUGGCUGCCUGGUAGAAGGAAGCAACAAGCUGUUAUUUUUCGUUGCAUAACCAAAGGCCAUGGAGUGAAUCUGUGUAAUGCAUACUGCAGCCAGCUUGGAUCUGUGUUUGAAUGGUAGCAGUGACAGGGUUCUAAGGCCACUGAGCAUUGUCUGAGAACAGAGUCCUGUAGCAAGGAAGCCCUGUGGAAUGGUACCCUGGGAAGAGCAAUUGACUACUUCAGAUACGGCAAAGAACAGAGCAGGACGUUUUCUAGGAAAGGCAGCAGAGUGAGCCUACUUCAUUACCUCUUACACCCCAGAUCUGGUUCAUUCGUGUGUACGUGUAGGUGUGUGCUCUUGCACAGGAUAUAACAUUGUGCACAUAGAACUCCCACCCAUGCUCAUGCCUCUUGCAGUAUUUUUUAUACUUGGUUUGUAAAAAGUUUUGAUGCAUACAUGAGACAGAGCAACCCGCAAAAACCCGCUUUCCAUGACUAUGACAUGAGGAUUCUUACUGUCUGUCAUGAAAUAGUUCUCUGCCUCCGGCCAUCAGACACGCUGCAAUAUUCAGCAACUUUAAAUAGAUGCUGCAGGCAUUUUUGUCCUCUCCCAGAUCACGCUGUCUGGAAAUUCAGAAUGCGCAACAUUCAGCUGCCUGUCUCUGUCAAAUGCAAUAAUAGGUAUACCACACCCUGGGGUGCUGGAAGCUCAGACCAGUGGGAAGAUCCUGAUACUGGAUCUCCAAGCAGGGGCUAGACUGUAGAUACUCUCUCCUGUAAAGUUCUAGACAUUUGUCCUCACACUAUUAAGUACCAGAUCAAAGCAUUGUCCUUGCAGUGCUAAUGAGGGCAGGCAAGUAGUACUCCUAUCUGAAACCUGUGAGAGCAUGGGCUGCAGGUCAGUUUCUUCCUUAUUUGCUAUAAAACACCUAGGUAUUGGGCUGAUAAUGGGAGAUACUGACUUUUAAGCUUCUGGAUAUGCUGCUAGGACUCCCAGCUAGAGCUUUCUGAGCAGAAAGAGUGAGUUGCAAAAGAUGUAAUAGCUUAAACAGAAAGAAGUCAGAGCUAAAAUGUGAAGGCCAACCUCUUCCAAACAACCCAGGUCGAUUCCUUCCGUUCAAGAGGUGAUAGUCUCAUAUGUGUACCGUAAAGUACCGUACACUCUCUAACUGUUCUCAAAUGAUGGGUUAUAGUUUUACUUAAAACAUUGUCACUAGCUCUGUUUACUGUAAGUCUUUGGACCUCUUUCCAAGAAGUCAUUUCCUGCCACAUGGUCUCGAGCUGCUGUUUCUGUUGCUUGUCUGCUCCUCGCUUGCUUUCCUCUGCAUCCUGCUUUGAGAUUCAUCUUGAAGGCAGGUGAUGCUCAAGAUGAGACCGAUGCUUUAUUUCCUUACACACUGUUCAGCUGGAGAUUUGAGAUGCGAUUGGAAUUGCCUUUCUAUUUAGGAGUUCCCUUUUCCAAGCCAAACACCGUUGGAGAAGGCCUCAGGUCUUCCUCAUGAAUGUACCACCUAUUACUUUUCCUAUGAAGGAUAGAUUGUCAAUACUAUGAAGAGAGUGAUCUGGAAUGGUCAAUAGGAGAGAACCACUUCUGCCCAUUUCUGGUCUUUAUUGUGAAAUGAAGCUGAUGUGUGAUGUGGGGUGCAGACUAAGCUUCCUGAUACAAAACCUCCUGAAAAGCUGGAGAACAAAGUGGGGCUUUGGUUUCCUGGGGGCCGGAGCCGCUCCAGUCCUUCCCCUGGUUCUGCUGUUGUCACCUCCCCCUUUGCUGCCUCUGGUGCUUGUGACACCUCAUGCUGGCCCAGUGGACUACACUGGCCAAAGAGGUUCGCUUUGUUAUUUUUAUUGUUUUUGUAAUUUAAUGGAUUGACAGGAUGCUAAAGUGCCAACCUAUUUGCAGGUCAGUUUCUGUGAAGAUCCAUUGAAGGGGACAGAAAAGGUUUUUUUGUUUUGUUUUAAAUAUAUGUAUUUUAAAUUAAACUUAUUUAAAUAUAUUUAAAUAUUAAAAAAAAAAAAAACUUCCCCUCCUCUAAGCUUUUACAUAGAAAGCGUAGAAAUGCAUUUUCACAGGCCCACUUACAGCAUGAACCAGCCCCUGAUUCUGUAUCAGACUGCAUUCCAGCGGUUUCCAUGAGGUACUGUUGCAACUUCUCUCCGAUUCCCAAGCUGCCAGUGUAUUUUGAUUAUAAGCCUUGUGGUGAGUGCUCCUCGGUUUAUGGGUUAUUAUCCUGUUUGCAGACUUGCUCUACUUCCAGCUGUGUGUGUGCUGUAUGUUCCACAGCUCCAUCAUUAAAAUGUUUGGUAUUGCUCUUUUC